GUGCUGCCGGUGUCCUCGGAACCCCCCGAAGGAGAUCUCUUUCUUGCGUUUGCUCUUUUGAUGCCACAUGUUGUUGUUAAUGGCGGUGCUUGUCUUGGAUAGUGACAACAACCAAGAUGAUGAGUCCUCAGGAUUGUUACGGUUCCCCUCCACCGGAAUCAAAGGAGCAAGUCUCUGCGAGAAAGACUAGGAUGAGCAGCAGCAAGAAGCCGUCGGUGGAGGAAACACCCCAGAAUUCCAGAUCCACCUUUGAUGCCGUCACACCGUCCACCAGCAGCCGCCACACCAGUGCUCGAUCGGUUCGAGGACGUCCUAGCAGCACUCGUUCUCGAGGCAGUGAUGCGUCGGAAAGAUUCGGGGAUCUUGAUGAGGAAUCGCAAGAACCUCGUCGCAUGUUAGACAUCGUACCGACCGAAGAACAACCAAAGAAUAGUAAACAGGAAGCCGACAACCACACCAUCGCAAGUAGUGACAAUGAUCACACCCAAUACAUGCUCAAUCUACCGCCUUCUCUUCUUCCUCACUGGUGUGCUCUCUUGAUUUGCGCCUCGCUUUGCCUUGCGGCUGUGGCGGCCGGCACACCCUUGACAACCAAUAGCAGCAGCAACUCGACCCAAGGCGAAGGCACUGAAAGUCACAUUGAGAAUCUGCAAAUGUGUAUGGCCAUUUCCACAUUGAGCUUGAUGCUUACGUUCUUGGCAGCUGCCUGCUACAUUUGGAUCCCUGCGAGUUUUGUCGGCACUUUGUAUGAAGUCACAGUGAUUGGCCUCAAUGUCAUUCUGUGGUGUGGCGCACUGCCCAUCAUUAUGAACCCUGAGAAUGCCUUGGCAGUACAGGGUCCAUCCAUUGUCAAUGGAAACCUUUUUGUCCUGUCAUGGGUGGCCUUCUUCUUGAGCUGGAUCAUUUUGAAACUGGUGAUUGAGCAACUGCUGGCCAUGGAACAAGCUCGACGGGGCAACUUGACCUUUCUUACUCCUGAAGGGAAAAACGGUUAUCCUCCAUUUAUCCCCAUUACGCCCUAUAGAAUGGCCAAUAUUGCUUUGAUCUUUACCAGCUUGGUGGUGCUGAUUUCCGCAGCCAGAGCCUUUAAGCAACAGCUAUGUAGCGACUGGAACCGACCACUCUGCCGAAGAAUCCAGUUCAGUAUGAGCAUAUCCAUUAUGAGUUUCAUCGGCCUGUUGGCUGCCUGGGGAACCUUCCUGUACCGUUCUUACAAGGCACACAAUAAGACCUCCAAUAUACCUCCAACUGAAAUCAUGCCUUCCUCCACGGCUCGUCUCGCCCUCGUGGGGUUGUUGGCCUUUGGAUGGUUUGUUACGAUCUGCCUGGGAACCUUUGGAAAACACGCUCCCGCUCAUUUCAUCGGAAACUACUACAUGGGCAUGUGGACGGCAUUCGUUCUGAGUCUGUACCUACUAAAAAAGACAAUGCUGGAAUACGUUGCCGAUCAGCCUAGAUAUGCUGCCAAGCGUGCCUCAUCCAACCAACAUCAGCAACACAAAUAUCGCUACAAGCAGCAGAGGAUUCCUGGACUGGUCACAGAUGACGACUAUGAUGAUACUCAUGACGAUGAACAAGGAGGGCUGUCGGACGCACCCAUUUCCACAAAGUCCACCGACGACAUGUCGGAAACUUUGACGGCUGCCACUACACCCGCCUUGAUUACACCCAAAGUAUCGACCCACAUUAGUGACCACGAUUUGUUCCCCAGCUCGUCUGCAAAGAAGUCGCGUGAUCCAGUCGCCAUGUCCUUGGAAGAAUCCUUUGGCAACGAAACAGGAUUCAUGUUCAGUAGCCGAAAAAGCGUCGAGGAUCCCGACGAUGGAUUUGCAGGGUUCAUGCCAGUCGUAUCUUCCAACACGGACAAGACCGAAGAUACCAAAUCCUUCGAAGAAGAUGAUGCGUCAGUGCAAACGCCACGCCGCGGAUCAGCAACUCGUUCUACCGGUGGCAGCCAGGGUCGCCACAGUUCGGGCAGUCGCAGCGUCAGCAGUGGAGAGAAGAGUGACUUCUACCAUGAACGUGUUAAGCCCAUGUCGAUCCCCUUUGGAAACGACGAGUCUCAAUUUGAAGAAGACGAAUCUGGCUUCGAUCAUAAUGCUUUGUCCUGUAGUGCCAUUACUGCGCCUACAGACAACCUUUCACCGCGGGACACCGGCGCUGUACACAGCACCGGACCAGAUUGCCUCAUCGAUCCAGAACUAUUUGAACCCAGCACAAGUGGCUUGAUGGCAUAGUUUCAGUGGAAUGACGAAUCGGGUAUUUAUGCUCGUGGUUGUUUCUGUGACGCUCGGGAAGCGUUGCUGUUUCGUAGGAAGAAUUUUUCGUUGUGUGACCCAAAGUAUGGCAGGGGACAGAGGAACACCACUUCGCAGCGAUUAUUAAGUUCACACUUUGGUUGUCACUUUGUAUCCCUAAAUAGCACGUGGAUUCACAUACCGCUGAAAAGCUAAUCUUAGAACGCCACCCCUCCGGGGGCAUGUAAUUCAUAAGUUAACUUUUGUCAGUUUUGUGUUCG